CAUGUGACUCAUUCUGGGCGGGUCUUCCCUUGGCUCCAGCUGAUGGCUGCUCUGGCUGGGGUUCUGAUAACAGCCACAGGGUUUCCUCUCUGGCAUCCCCUGCCCUGGGGAAGAGCUGCUGGGCCCCCUCCAGAAGGACUUUGUGUUUGCCCUUCUCCCCUGGCCCUUUUUUCCCAGGGCACCAGCAGGCAGGGCUGGAGCCCAGACAGCAGUUUGGCUCUCUCUUAUCCCAGGUGUUGGAGCUGGGCUGCUCCCUCCCCAAACUACGGCAUGGAGAGCGUUGGGAAUAGAAUUACAAACGAGUGGCUCGGCUGUCGUGGCUCAGGAGUAAAAGUUCCUCGUAAUUUUCGUCUUUUGGAAGAACUUGAAGAAGGUCAGAAGGGAGUAGGGGAUGGAACAGUUAGCUGGGGCCUUGAAGAUGAUGAAGAUAUGACACUUACGAGAUGGACAGGAAUGAUUAUUGGGCCUCCAAGAACGAUUUAUGAAAACAGAAUAUACAGCCUUAAAAUAGAAUGUGGGCCUAAGUAUCCAGAAGCACCUCCAUUUGUAAGAUUUGUAACAAAAAUUAAUAUGAAUGGAGUAAAUAGUUCUAAUGGAGUGGUGGACCCCAGAGCCAUAUCAGUCCUAGCAAAAUGGCAGAAUUCUUAUAGUAUCAAAGUUGUUCUGCAAGAGCUUCGGCGUCUAAUGAUGUCUAAAGAAAAUAUGAAACUUCCUCAGCCACCUGAAGGACAAUGUUACAGCAAUUAAUUAAAAAAAAGAACCAACAUGCCCCCCUUAUUCAAUUUAAGCUGUCUUCAUUUUCCACAGUAGUAAAUUUUCUAGAUGCAUCUUGUAGACCUCAAAAUACUGGAAAGGAAGUUCCCAUUCAAAGGAAGUUUUUCUUGAGAUACUGUAAAUGAUACUAAUUUUUUUUUUUUCAUUUGAAAUAUAAGUUGUGCUAUAACAAAUAAUCCUGUCGUGUAACCACUGUCCACAUAGCUGAACUUCUGGUAUCAGGAAAAGUCUAUUUAAAUUUAUUACUGUCAAGACCAGUGUGGCACAUCCAACUUAACUGUGAAAGGAUCCAUCCCACAAUCACCUUGCUGUGUGUCUGGCCUGGGUUAUUUUUUUCUUUCUCUGUCUUUUGCAAUAGAGUCGAAGCUCAGGGCUAUUUAUUAGAGUAGACACAAAGGUUUUUGCUUCCAGUACUACACUGGGCUGUAUGGACUACUACUGGGGAUGUGUGCUAACCUCAGUCAUCCCUCCCUUUGUGCUCGCUCUAGUAAAGGCUGAAUGUGACUGUGGUCGUUUUUGGGUUUUUAUUUUUUUUUUAAACGCCCUGAUGAUCUGGGGUAAGCUUUCCUUCUUUCCUUUGGCCAAGGCAUAGAUUGUAUUUCUCUUCCUGAUCCCCCUCACCAGUGACUUGAGCUUUGGGUGAGGGAUUCAGGGUUCUUUUUAUCUCUUCCCUCUUCCCCUCUUUUUAGUGGGGGUGCUGCUUUCUUUUUGCCCCUCUUGGUGACUCUUCUCACCCCGGCCCAGGGGUGAGUGUCGGGGCAAUAACUUGACCUGUUCCUUUCUGCUUAUCAUUUUGGUUUUGCAACAAAUUUAGUCUUCACCAGCCUGGGAAACAAGAGUAUCUGUUCUGCUGGCAAACGUGGGUUUUCCCUUCCCUCCAGCACUGCUGCCACACCGCCAAGCUGGCCACGGCCGUGCUCUUAGAUAGGCUUUGACGUGGGGAAAAGAGCAGUAAUUUACCAGGAUUGCCCAAACCUUCUGCUGCCAAACUUCAGUGGGGAAGACUCUGCACGUAGAGAUUCUGAAUGCACUCCAGGUACCCUCAAAUCACUGUGUUUUGGUGCUUUGGAUUGACCCAAGAAUGUUAAUUAACAAAAUGUUGCACUUGCGUUUGCCCCUUCUAAAGAUGUAACAACCACAGACAAAUCAAAUCCGGGUGGUAGAUUUUAUUAGGGUUCUGUAAGUCUUAGAAAUCUCUUCAGUGAAGAUUUUGGGGAAGCGGUGGCACAGCAGAUUAAGGACCUUGAUUGGCUUUGCAUCCUGGCAAAUCACUGCCUUUUCUGGUUUACUGUUCCGGACCACUAACUGCUGCAAUGUGGAUGCAAGCUUACAGGAAACCAACCUAGUGUGUCCUAAGUUUUAUGAAAAAUUCAGUGUUUGUGUAAAAAAAAAAAAAAAAUUAAAAAUAAGGAAAAAAAGAAAAGAGUAAAAAUAAACACAUUUUAAAGCAGCAGCUGUCAAGUCAAUGAACAAUUGAUGUUUCCAUUAACUUCUGAGGAAAAUAUUAGUUGUAAGGAUUUAACAUCCUCUGUACUGAAAGUUUAACAUAACAGUAUUCCAUAAGCAGCCUUUUUAUUGUAUCAGACCAUUGCCUGAUUUUAAUAUAAUAAAAAGUGUGCAUUAAUAUUAGAA